AUGCUUACGGAUCUAAACGCCUGUAUCCAAAAUGAAAACACUUCGAGUCCACCACUGCAGCACACGAGCCCCCGAAGUCGUGUUCGUACUGGAUGCCUCAUCUGCCGGGCUAGGAAGAUAAAAUGUGAUGAGCAGCGGCCGAAUUGCCAGAGAUGCUCAAAGGCCAAGAGGAAAUGCGUAUACAAGCGGAGGCCACCUCUGAUGCCCUUACAACCAGCGCCGCCAAACAUCGACAAUCAGCAGCACAAGAAUUCAUCCAGCAAUCCGUCCAUUUCUUCACAGCGGAGUCGGACUGGAGAUAACAUUAUUCAUGGCCAUUUAUUGCCUCCUGAUUCUACCUGCGAUACGAGAGAAGCGGCAAUCUUCAAUACUGCUGGUGGUAUGACGUGCAGUAACCAUGAAGACAUCACCAACUUCCAUCAAGAGUCAAGCUCGGAGAAUGCAGACUCACCAUCCGCUCGAUUCUACACUACUUCCUUACAAAUCUAUGUUACUACAGCUAUUGAUUUGUUUUACCCUUCUGGGAUAACAUCUCGAUCAUCCUCAUAUUUCAUUGACCAAGUGGAUUCUCCUACAAUUUCAGCCUUUGACUAUUUAAAUUGGAACAAGAUAAAGCUCCAUAUCGUACAACUAGGUACCCAGGACCCGUCAGUAGCUGCAGCUAUUGAAGCCGUUCAAGGCAUAUACAGAGCCCAGGUGAACCGAUUAGCCAUGUUUCACGCUACCUCGGAAUAUCAAGCUCGUCUUGCCACUUUUGAACCCCUGGUCGCCGAUGAGAAAAUUGACUCCGACACUAUUCUGGCCAUCUCACUGCUUCUCUGUCUAUGCGAGGUUAUUUUGCCCAAUGAAGAUGGCUCUUCUUUAAGUGCAUUUGGCCCAGCAUUUGAGGCUAGAUUAACCAUUUGGCUAUUGAAUACCGAUCGGUCCCCUAUGUCCUUACGGAUAUGCGCCUGGCUACAGCUCUUACACGUCGCUACCAAACGAUCGGGGUCCUGCGGCUUAAUACCAGAAACAACGUUCGAUCUCAUAAGCAACCAUAUUACCGAGGUUCCCAAUCUCCCUCCAUUAAGCAACAGCCCCGAUUCAACAAGUGCCAUGUACGACAUCAUAAGUGCUCCGAUAUUUUCUUUUUAUCUGCAACUUCAAAGAAUUUCGAAUGAAAUACAAGAUCUUAGUCACUAUCGUCGAUCAAGGAUCACCCCAGAAGAUCAAGAAGAAGUUACUGAAAUCGUGGCCAACCUGAACAAUACUCUGUCAACUCUAUGGAUUGCCCGCCCGAGCCCACUACAAUUCCAGCCAGGCCAGCUGCGGGAGAACUUCUGUCCAAUGAUUGCAGAACCUCUUAUUGCUCUAGUAGGAAUUUGUACAGCGGCAUAUUAUGGGGAAGUAGUUGGUCUUAGGCGCACACUCGGUGAUGAUCCAUUUCCUUCUCCAGAGUCUCAGCAACCCAUGAGCCGAAUUCGGGAUAUUAUUGAAGGAGAAUGGAAUGCUUUAAGUAAAGGCGCUCUUAAUCCAGGAUACAUACGGCCUCUCUUCUUGUAUUGUAUCGAAAAUCUUGAACAGGAUAAGACAGAAUGGGCAGUGGCUCGCCUGAGGCAAGUUCAGAGUCCUAUAAGUAGAAGUGAAUUUAUCGCAGCUUUGGGAGAGGCACUCGGUAGAGAGCAAAGAACGGAAAAGAGAAGGGUGGCCACAAAGUACUUUUGCAAUGGGGCCUUUAAUGCGAUGGUUCCACGCAUGUAACAAAUAUUUCCUGGGCAGCACUAUUAGAAGCAGCAGGAUUAGAAGAAGCUGC